CUAUUCUAUCCCGUAAUCUCUUUUAGAGUUGGAUGCUCACCUCACCUUUCUUUCUUUUUUCAUUCCCUCCUACUAUUACAGAGCUCGCCGGAAACCUCAUUCGCCGGCGGGAAAACUUCUCCGGCGAUUAAAAAAAAAAAGGAACAGUAAAAGACUCACUAUGGUAACAUCCUUAUCUUCUUCAUCCGUGUUCUCAGUUCCGUAUAGCUCUCUUACUCUCUCUUCCUUCAAGCGCGAACCUUUCAAAAUUCCAAAAUAUAACCCUUUAUCGUUUCCGGUCAAAACUACUACUACUACUACUACUACUACUUCUUCUUCUUCUUCUUCUCCGUCUUUUGGUUUUUCAGUUUCGAAUAAGAGAAUCAACAAAGGGGUUUUGUCUAUAUGCGCCUGCUCGACCUCGCCGUUCAUUGGAAGAGUCGGGUCUCAGAGAAGAGAAGGCCAAUCGUCGCUGCUUUCUUUUGGUAUAAACCCACCAACGACGAUAUCGGAAGAUGCUGAAAAGGGUGGUGACUCUUCUCAGUUCUUGUCCGCAAUGCUUCCCUUCGUUGUUGCAGCCACUGCCAUUGCUGCUCUGGCUCAACCUUCAACUUUUACUUGGGUAUCAAAAGAAUUAUAUGCCCCUGCUCUUGGUGGGAUCAUGCUGUCUAUUGGAAUCAAACUUUCCAUUGAUGAUUUUGCUCUUGCAUUUAGAAGACCUUUACCACUCUCUGUUGGGUUUAUAGCUCAGUAUGCAUUGAAACCGGUUCUUGGAGUAUUAAUUGCAAAGGCAUGCGGCAUGUCCCCGAUGUUCUAUGCAGGCUUUGUCCUUACUUCUUGUGUUGCCGGAGCUCAGCUAUCUAGCUAUGCUAGUUUUCUGAGCAAAGGGGAUGUGGCCAUAAGUAUUCUUCUCACUAGCACUUCCACCAUUGCCUCAGUUCUUGUUACACCUCUACUAACUGGCCUUCUAAUUGGUUCUGUUGUUCCGGUUGAUGCUGUGGCCAUGUCAAAGUCAAUUUUGCAAGUAGUUCUUGUUCCGGUCACUCUUGGCCUUGUGCUCAAUACUUAUGCAAAACCUGUUGUGAGAGUUCUUCAGCCAUUGAUGCCUUAUGUUGCCAUGGUUUGUACUUCAUUGUGCAUAGGCAGCCCUCUCGCCAUAAACCGCAGCCAAAUUCUGUCCCCAGAAGGGUUCCGUUUGGUGUUUCCAGUAGUGGCGUUUCACACAGUGGCCUUUACUUUGGGUUACUGGGUGUCCAAAAUUCCAGGCCUGAGGCAAGAAGAAGAAGUGAGCAGAACAAUAUCACUAUGCACAGGAAUGCAAAGCUCAACCUUGGCAGGGCUGCUAGCAACUCAGUUCCUAGGUAGCAGCCAGGCAGUUCCCCCGGCUUGUUCAGUAGUCGCCAUGGCUAUUAUGGGCCUUUGUCUAGCCUCUUUCUGGGGCAGUGGCAAUAGAAUCAGAGACCUACCAUCCCUUCUAACACAUCAAACUGGCUCCACUGUCAAAGCAUGAAGCUACAGAAGGAAAGAAUAGUUUUGGGGUCUGGUUUAGAGCUAAUUUAGUCUUACUUAAUGGUCAAAGCAUACAGAUAGAAAAAGAAAGAGCGGAAAAAGGAACAAAUGAAGUAUAUGUAUAAGUGGUCUUUAUGUGUCGGAGUCUUAACAAGGGUUGGGUAGUAAUGUUGGAAGAAGAUGUAGGAAAGUAAGAGGGAAGCAUGAGUUAAGUUAGCCAAGAGUUAUAUAGUUGAAUGUACAUCUUUAAUAUAAGCAGUGAAUCCAGUUUAUGAUGUAUAUACAUGUACACUUCACAGAAGUAUAUAUAGUUGACAAUAUAUCUAUACUCUAAAAUACAGGCAAUGUAUUCUUUAA